AUAAGCCUGAAGCCCCUCCCAGCGCGUUUAAAGGGAGCGGUUCCGCGCGUGGUCGGGCUGCAGUGUCGCUCCGACACCUCCGCGGCCGAACAUGUUCCAGGACUUCCCCAAGAACGCGGAGGAGGCGCCGGAGCCCGCGAAGGCAGAAGUGAAAGGGAGCAUCCCCGGCUGGCUGCGGGGCACCCUGCUGCGCAACGGGCCCGGCAUCUUCUCCGUGGGGACCACCAGCUACAACCACUGGUUUGACGGGCUGGCCAUUAUGCACAGCUUCGCCUUCAAAGAUGGUGAAGUGACGCACAGGAGCAGGUUCCUCAGAAGUGACACCUACAACUCUAACAUGAGCGCAAACAGCAUAGUCGUGUCUGAAAUGGGGACGAUGGCGUAUCCAGACCCAAGCAAGAGCCUGCUCACCAAGGCGAUCACCCUUUUUAACCACACCGUGCCCGAUUUCACCGACAACGGCGCCAGCAACUUCAUCAAAUACGGCGACGACUACUUUGCCACGUCCGAGACCAACUACAUCCGCAAGAUCGACCCGGUGACUCUGGAGACCCUGGACAAAGUGGACUACACGAAGUACCUGCCCGUGAACCUGGCGACCUCGCAUCCGCACUACGACGGGGAGGGCAACGCCUACAACAUGGGCACGUCGAUAGCGGAGAAGGGAAAGACCAAGUACGUCCUGUUCAAAGUCCCCGCUGCGUCGGAGGAAGACAGGGCCAAGAACGCGCCCGCGCUGAGCCGGGUGGAGGUGCUGGCCACCGUCCCGUGUCGCACCCUGCUGAGCCCCAGCUACUACCACAGCUUCGGCAUGAGCGACCACUACUUCGUCCUCGUCGAGCAGCCGUUCAGGCUGGACAUCCUGAAGAUGGCCACGGCCUACAUGCGCGGCGUCAACUGGGCCAGCUGCCUGAAGUUCAGCCCCGAGGACAAUGCAAGUGUCAGGUAUCCGCGCGUGCGCCGCUCCCCUCUGUCUGCGCCGCCGUUUGAACGCUCGCCUCUCCCGCAGACCGUCAUCCACCUCAUCGACCGGAGGACCGGCAAAGAGGUGGAGACCAGGUACUUCGCGGCGCCGAUGGUCGUCUACCACCACGUGAACGCCUUCGAAGACGCCGGCCACGUGGUGGUCGACGUCGUCGCCUACGACGACAGCCGGCUGUUCGACAUGUUCUACCUGAAGAGGAGCCCCGAGGCCGGGGGCGCUGGGGCCCCCGUGUUCUCCAGGCCGAGCUACAGGAGGUUCGCGCUGCCCGUCCGGCCGGACAAGGGCGCCGCCGCUGGAGGAGACCUGGUCGGCCUCACGUACACGACGGCGCGGGCCGUGAAGCAGAAGGAGGGCAGGCUGCUGUGCCGGGCGGAGGUGCUGGGCGAAGACUUCGACAUGCCGAGGAUAAACCCCGGCUUCAGCGGCAGGCGCCACCGCUUCGUCUACGGGAGCUGCAUCGAGGAGUCCUCGAGCGCCGUGAAGAUUGGGAAACUUGACACAGAAACCAAGGAACUGGUUUACUGGUAUGAAGACAACUGCUUUCCAUCGGAACCAGUGUUUAUCCCCAGACCGAAUGGAGAGUCGGAAGAUGAUGGCGCGGUCGUGUCGUCGGUCGUCACGCUGAGCCCAGACCAGCCGGGUUUCAUCCUGGUCCUCGAUGGCAGGACGCUGAAGGAAGUGGCUCGAGCGCACGUGAACGCUGAGCUCCACAAGGACAUGCACGGGUUUUUCAUCCCACAGGAAUGCUAAAGGCAGGAAGCAAACGCUGGAGAGCAAAGCUUCGCUUAUAGCAAUGUAAUAUCGCAAACUGUUCUCAUGUCUGUUUGUUUUAUCUCUGUUGUCCACAUUACUCUGCUUUUCUGCUUCAUCACCAAAUAAAACCUAUAUUUCUGAUACUCCCAA